CCAAUGGGAUCGCGGUAGGCUGUGCAGGGAAGAUGGCGGCGGUGGCGGCGGCGAAGAGGAGUCAGGGCGCCCGCGGCAGCCGGCAGGCCGGGAGGAGUACCGAGGCACGUUCCCGCUUCGUCGAGGGCUCCAUCGUCAGGAUCUUAAUGGAGAACUUCCUGACAUAUGACAUCAGUGAGGUACAUCCAGGACCCAAUCUGAACAUGAUUGUAGGUGCUAAUGGAACAGGAAAAUCAAGCAUUGUUUGCGCCAUCUGUCUGGGACUGGCUGGAAAACCUUCUUUCAUAGGGCGAGCUGAUAAGGUUGGUCUCUUUGUAAAGCAGGGAUGCUUGAAAGGUUUAGUAGAAAUUGAACUGUCGAAGACACCUGACAAUAUCAUUAUCACACGUGAGAUUCAAGUGGUGAACAACACAUCAACAUGGUUUAUCAACAGAAAGCCAGCAACCCUGAAAAUGGUUGAAGAGCAGAUUGCAGCCUUAAACAUCCAGGUUGACAAUUUGUGCCAGUUUCUUCCUCAGGACAAAGUUGGAGAAUUUGCAAGACUAAGUAAGAUUGAGUUGCUUGAAGCCACUGAGAAAUCCAUCGGUCCUCCAGAAAUGUACCAAUUUCACUGUGAACUGAAAAGCUUCAGAGAAAAGGAAAGAGAACUCGAGAAUUUGUGCAGAGACAAAACAAAGUCUUUGGAGAAAAUGAAGCAGAGGAUUGAACGGUACCAGCAAGAUGUUGAGAGAUACCAUGAGCGCAAGCGCCAUUUAGACUUAAUUGAGAUGCUUGAGAGGAAAAGGCCUUGGGUGGAAUAUGAAAAUAUUCGUCAGCAGCAUGAGGAAGUGAAACAAAGACGAGACCAAGCCAAGGAAGACCUGAAGAAUAAGAAAGAAAUGCAAUCCCCAGUGGCAAAAAAAAUCCAGGAGACUGAGGAAUAUCUUAAGAGUCUGGAUUUGAAAAUCAGAGAUAAGACUGCUGAAAUCAAAGACACUUCUCAAAAGUGUAAACAGAAGCAAGACGCUUUGGAGAUGAAAGAUAAACAAAUUGGAGAAAUUAAUCAAGCUUUGAGAAUGAAAAAAGAUGAAGAAAUGGACCGACGGAAGAAAAUACUCUACACUCACAAGAUGAUAGAGGAGUGGAAGGAAGAGCUCAAUGCAAUGACAGUCUGUGAGAAUCUUCAGGCACAAACUGAUGCUGUUAAUGAUGAGCUAAAAAAAUUACAAGAAGAAAGGGCAAAUAUUGAUAGUGAUAUCUUUGAUCUAUCAGCAGAAAAAUUGAACCAAGAGAGAGAAAAGAAAAGAGUACUUGCUCAUCUUGAACAACUUAAUAAUAUAAUGAAUAUGAAGGAAGAAAAUCUUAAAGUGAGAUUCCGAGACACACACUCAGCUCUUAUGUGGCUAAGAAGAAACAAAGAAAAGUUUAAAAAACAAGUUUGUGAACCCAUGAUGCUUGAAAUCAAUAUGAAAGACAACAGACAUGCUAAAUAUAUUGAAAAUCACAUUUCGGCCAAUGACAUGAGGGCUUUUGUUUUUGAGAGUCAAGGGGAUAUGGAAAUGUUUCUUGUGGAGAUGCGCGAUCAUCAGAAACUAAAAGUGAAUGCUGUAUGCGCACCUGCUGAGUCAUGUGCAGAAAGUGUACCUUCGAGACCUAUUGAAGAAUUUCAUCGAUAUGGAUUUUUCUCAUACCUACGGGAGUUAUUUGAUGCUCCUCAUCCUGUGAUGAGUUAUCUUUGCUCCCAGUACCGUAUUCAUGAUGUCCCUGUCGGAACAGAAAAGACCAGAAGCAUGAUCGAAAGGGUCAUACGAGAGACGAAACUUAAGCAGAUAUACACAGCAGAAGAAAAAUACGUUGUUAAAGUAUCUGCUUACACAAACCUAACCGUGUCUACUAACACAUCACUGAGGGAAGCACAGUUUCUCACCAGUUCGGUAGAUACAGAUGAAAGAAGACAGUUGGAAAAUCAGCAACAGGACAUCAGCAACACGCUUAAGUCAUUGGAUAUGCGCUUCACUACAUUGUUAGAGAGACAGAAACAUCUGGAACACAGGGACAAUGAACUCAGGCAACAGAAGAAGGAGCUUUUAGAGAGAGGAAACAGGAGGAGACAGUUGGAAUCAAAAAUUGGUGUGAAGUAUGAUAGUUUAAAGCAGCUGGAACAAGAUGCUAUCGACCUAGAGAAUGAGUCUCAACAGGCAAAUGUAAAGAUCAAAGAAAUAAAUAUCCAAAAAGCAAGACUGGUUAGUGAAUUAAUGCAUCUCAUAAAGAAUUGCAUUUCACUGAACACCCACAAAGUAGAUCUGGUCCUUCAGAGCACUAAUGUGGCUGCUGACAAGAAUAAGCUAGAAUCAGAGUAUAAAGAAGCAACGAUACAGCUAAGGGAUUCAGAGGAAUUGUAUCGUGAUCUGGACGAGAGGAAACGAGUUCUUACAGAGAACUGCAAGGAAUUGCUGAACAAAGCUCGACAGGUCUGCAAACUGAGCCCAGAUGAACAUAUUCCGAAAGAAUUUCAAACUGCUUUUCAGGCUCUUCCGAACACGUUGGAGGAGAUUGAUGCUUUUCUGAAUGAAGAGAAAACCAGGGCCUCCUGUCUCACAGGUCUGAAUGCUACGGUUGUAGAAGAAUACAAUAAGCAGUCACAAGAAAUACAGCAGUUGAUGGAAUAUCUAGAGGAAAAGAAAAAUGAAUUGGAAAACUAUAAGCAAAACAUUUCACAGGUCAAAGAAAAGUGGCUAAAUCCCUUGAAAAAGCUGAUUGAGCAAAUUAAUGACAAGUUCAGUAACUUCUUUAGUUCUAUGCAGUGUGUUGGUGAAGUUGAUCUUCAUGUGGAAAAUGAGGAUGAGUAUGACAAGUAUGGGAUUCGCAUUAGGGUCAAAUUCCACAGUACGAGUGAACUCCAUGAAUUGACUCCAUAUCAUCAGAGUGGAGGUGAGAAGAGUGUUUCCACUAUGUUGUACCUAAUGGCUCUCCAGGAACUCAACAGAUGUCCUUUCAGGGUUGUAGAUGAAAUAAAUCAGGGCAUGGAUCCAAUGAAUGAGAGAAGAGUUUUUGAAAUGGUUGUGAAAACUGCUUGUAAAGAAAGCACAUCGCAGUACUUCUUUGUCACACCAAAGCUCCUGCAGAAUCUCACUUACCAUGACAAGAUGACAGUAUUGUUUGUCUACAAUGGACCUUUCAUGUUAGAAGCAUGCAGAUGGGACUUAAAGGCCUUCUGUAGACGACGGCGGCGACUUGGAAGGAUGGAUGAACAGUGAUAAAUAUGUAUAUACAAAAAUAUACAUGAUGUUUUUGUAGGACUUUUUCGAAUAUCUAGCUUUCAAAACUUCAGGAAUAGUGAAAGAUGAGAAUCUGCAAAGAAUUGCUGAUUAAGAACUUCAGUUCUUAAAAGAUUCAAAGUGCAUAAGUUUUUUUCAGAUCUUUCACAGUAGCCUCUUUCUCCAAAGAACCUACUUUUUCUCAAUAGGAAUUUUAAAUAAAAAGGAAGUUUAUUUUGCUAUUUUAUCAGUAAUGUAGCAUCAGAAGUAGAGUUAAUUUUUCUAGGUUAUACUGGACUAAAUCUGGGGGGGGGGGGAAGUUUCAAAAAAUUAGAAUUUGCUUUUGGUGAAUACCGUUCCCAUAACACAGUUAAGGAUGCUCUUUAAACUCUUCCCAUUGAAAUGGAAACUUCUUGAAUGAAUUAUGGUGAUGAUGGGAAGGAAGAGAAUGGUUUGUAAGUAGCUGUGCGUUGUUUUUUGUUUUGUGAAAAUACACCUGCAGUUAAGUAAAGAAAAUAAUAUUAUAAGGGUAAUAUACCAUAUUAUUGUUAUUUAUUAAUUUUGAGCUAAUUUUCCAUUCUUGUAUUCCUUGAAGGAUAAGUUCUUUAUUUUUUUAGCAAAUUCUUGUUCAGCGAAGCAACUGACAAAGAGCCAUGUGUUUUUUUAAAAUAUGAGCUGGUUAGCUUACACAAGUAAAAGUAAGCAAUAUAUAACAUUUUGUUAUGUUCUUUAAGUAAUUAAACUUGAUAUGUUUUUGGUAGUAAAUGGAGAAGAUAGUCCUGCUGGCUUCACAUGUAAGUUAAAACCAGGCAGCUUUUUACAAAGCUUCAGCUGCACUGGAGUGAUUGCAUACACAAUGGCUUUUCAACAGAUAGCCAUAAAAUUAAUUAGUGGAGAUUUGUCAUAGCUCUUAAGCAUUUGAAAGCAGAUGUUAUCAACUGAAUGCUAAUACCUAAAAUGAAGUCCCAGUUAUUUAGUUAACUAUUAAAAAGCCCCAUGAUACGGAGUUGUGAGGAGCAUGAUUUGUAAAGAAAUUGAAACUACAAUUGAUAUGUGAAAUGUACAUUAAAAUGAUUGAGUCGCAGGACACCAUCUGAAAAUAUGCAGUAUUCUUGAUUUCAUGGGAGGAGCAGCCUUCAAUAGAAUUUUAUAGAAAAUGUGUUGUCCGCUUGAUUUUGAGCGUGAGUUUUUCUUAACAGCAUGCUGUCAAUGAACUUUGCCAAUAGAAUUAAUAAGUCAGACUUUUUACAUCAGAAUGUUAGAAAUAAUAUAACCCACUGCAAAAUAUAAGCUAGGAUCUGAAAGGUUUCAGGUAUUAAAAGUUAAGUACUUUAAUUUUUGUUUUUAAUAGAGGAGCCUUUAAGGGAAUACAGAACUAUACAUUCUUAUGUCACCGGGCACUGUUGAUCAAUGGAGCUCUGUCUGACUGUAAAAUGAGUUCCUGGAAUAAGUUCCAUGAGGAUUAGCGUCCAUACACAAAUAUUUGACAGAAGAACUGAAAGACCGUGGAAACUUGGGCUAUAGUCCAGGGACUGAGUGGGCCAGCAGUGACUUAACCGAGGCUGCAGGCUUAUCUGUCCACUGUAUGGCAAGAUACACAUUUUAAAUGUGGUCUUUGAUCUUCAAGAUACUUGGCUUCUUGUAACCCUGAAUUUUUAAGGUUUAUUUAUUUAAUGGUAACAUACAUUCUAUUUGAUCUCUGAGAAUCACUAUAUGAAAACUGCUAUUUGUUUUCAGUGUCUAAGUAAGUGAAACUGUUUAGCACGAGUAUGUAUAAGGACUCAGUUCUUCUAUGGUUAGACAGCACUGACUGUCUGUUCUUAAUGCUGUCAUCUUAGAAAUUCAUGAGAUUUCUUCCUAGAGUUCAGUUCCUUUCUCAUGUUUCAAGCUGAGGCACAAGACGUAGAUCUAACGUGUUUCAAGAGGAUAGCACUUCAGAUCCUGUCUCAAAAAUUAUGCCUUCUGGAUAACUUGUGGCUUCUAUACUGCACAAGUGAAGAAGAUGACAAGCUGGUGGGCAUUUGCUUUUUCCUUGGAGGUCUGUCAACUAUUGACCAGAGGUUCUGAUUUCAGUGUGUCUGGCUACAAUCUUAGUAUCAUGCUGUCAUUCAUGUUAACUUAACACAGACAGUGUAAUCAGCUGCAAAACCAUACCAGUGUCACAUUACUGACCAAUGGAGCUUCACUAUCCAGCAGCUCUGCUAGCUAAAGCCUUUUUAAAAGAAAACCCAACUUUGUGCAUAAAUGCAAAUGAGCUAUAUAACAUGACUUUGUGCCUCCCAUACACUGGUUCCUGUUAGUGACCUGUUAAUUUGCCUGGCAGGUGCAUCCCAUCCAUACACGGAGACCUGGCUUAAGAGGAAAUCUUUUGAACUGGGUAGAGUACUCAACCAUGAAAAUCCUCACUGAAUAGUAGCUACAGCACUCCUUACCCAUAUGCUGGCCCUUCUGUGUUGCCAGCUUUUUUGCCCUUCCUUGUGCUUUACUACUCCAGCUUCACUUGCUAUAAAAACACGUGGAAUUUGUUUCAGUGUAACUUUGAGAAGGAGAGAAUGAGUGGGAGUUAAGGUUAAGUAUACCUGUAAUAUUCAGAUUUUCAUGCUGACUAGACAGGACCUCUCAAAAAUCUAGAAGUAGGAAGACCCCAAAUAGUCCUGACAGCUGAAAUGUAAAUUGAGCUUUCUCCAAAAAUAGGUACUUUUCCCUGUUGUUUAGGCCACCUGAAGACAAUGGCAAAGAUCAUCUUCCACCACCAUUUGCAAUUCUGACAAAAAAUCUGUUUGCUUGUGUUUUGAGACAAAAAGAGAGAGGCAACUUGGAAAUUCUUACUGUAAGAAAUAAGAAGAGCUCGAGAAACCAAAUACCGAAAACCACAAAUCAUCUUUUACUGUUUUGUGACUGUAAAUGGCACUCAUGCAUUUACAUUGUUGUUAACUAGGAGAGAUUGCUUAGUCAGAUGAAGUAGAGAGCAAGUAGAAUGAGGAAGGGCCCUUGUACAACUGCAGUGCUUUCAACAUGCUUAUGUGCAAUUUGGGAUUUUAGUGGAAGAAAGAUGAAGCCUGUUAAUGCUGGUGCUCACUGGAACUAUCUAUUCUCCAGGUUUUGAAGUUAGUGAGAGAUGAUGAGACACAAAGCUGGUCUGGGCUGCAGGAUACUUACUGAAUAGUAUUGUAGGUGCUCUUUAGAGGCCAGGAUAGGCACCUGUUCCAGACCUAAUAGCAAAUUGUACUUGGGAGUUUAAGCUACUGGAGGCUCCUGUGUAUGGUUCACGCCAAGAUGUCCCCUUUUUUCUUGCUAAGCUCUCUGGCUAAUGCUUCCUUCCUAGAAGCUUCUGGACUGUCUUAAAACACUGCUGCUGGUGGAUUGUGGAAACUGUUUUUUCUAUGAGCCUGCAGUUACUCUUAGCAAGGACUCUGAAUUUUCUGAACAUCUCUUACUAAUAGGCCUUAAUUGUUACCUUCUCUGCUCAAUUCCCCAGCUGUUAAACAGUGUCUUGAAUGUGUUACGGCAAGCAGAUAUGUAAGAUGUGAAGUCUGUCAUUCUCUGUCACAAACUCUUGCGUAAUGUUAACAUCUUGUCUCAUACUCUAUGCCAUCCCUGCUUAGGCAUUAGUGGGAUUUACCUGGUGGAGAGAAGGAACUGUGAAAGUGAGAUCAGCAAGUGAAGGCGCUCGCUGUUUGUGAAGCUGAGCAGGGUCCCAUGGCUGUCCCUGGAAUUUGCUAAGGGAUCAUCCCACACACAGUGCAUGCUUCCUUUUCUUGUCCCUGCACCACACAACCUGCAAACCACCUGUGCUUUGAAAGGAGCAACAUGCUGAGAUGAAGCGCUCUAUUGGCUCAGCACUCUGUAUCAAAAUGAAUUGUACUGUUCUUGAGUUGCAGUGUUGCAUGUGCCUAGCGACCUUCCAGUACCUGAAGGGGCUACAAGAAAGCUGGAGAGGGACUGUUUACAGAGGCUUGUAGUGAUAGGACUAGGGGUGAUGGGCACAAACUGGAGAGGGGCAGAUUUAGACUAGACAUAAGGAGAAAUUUCUUCACUAUGAGAGUGGUGAGACACUGGCACAGGUUGCCCAGGGAAAGUGUGGCUGCCCCAUCCCUGGAGGUGUUCAAGGCCAGGUUGGAUGAGGCCUUGGGCAGCCUGAUCUAGUGGGAGGUGUCCCUGCUCAUGGCAGGGGGGUUGAAACUGGAUGAUCUUUAAGGUCCCUUCCAACCCAAACUAUUCUAUGAUUCUGUAAUUUCCGCGUCCUCUCCUGUAUUUGGCCUGCUUUUUGAAAGGUGCAUUGCAGUUGCUUCUGAUUUGAUUGGCACAGUAUCUGAGGGGAGGUGUUUGGCAGGAGAGCUACAUCACAGGAAGUGGGGGAAACCUUGGCACUCUAGCUUAGCUGUAAAUAACUCUGAGCCAAAAUUACUCUCUUCUGUUCUGCCUCACUGAAACAUAAUGUCCAAAAUAAACUUUCCUAGAACUUUUUGUUACAGAAGCAUUUUUUUUCCCAGAGCCUUGCUAAUUCAGAAUAAAAGCAGCGUUUGGUACGUCAUAACAUGGAGAGGAAAAAGAUGGGGAAGAGAACUAAAUUCACCUCUUCUCCAAGAAAAACCCUCUCCCUUUCCCAGCCUGAACAUCAGAAAAUUGCAGGAAUGUUUUUCUGCUUUUGCACUCAGGCUAGUCUUGCCACGAGCCAUGCUUCUCCUAUGAGGCUCAUUCGUACAGCCUGGAUGAAACGCACUGUUUUGUAUGCAGGAGGUGAUUUAGUAGUUACUAUAGUUUAUUUUACUUCAGCACUAACUUUAGCCAUUGACAAGGAUUGUUAAACUGUGAAACAGGGAAAGGGGAGAUGAGUGCAGGACCGGGAACUAUUUAGCCAUGGGAAGCUUUUCAGGCACCAUUGUGGCUGUGUUGAAAGCCAACAGGGAAAACAUGGAAAAGUAGACAAGUGGAGACAGGCAGAGGGUAAAAGAGGUGAUAACCAGCACUGUCACAGCCUACCCACAGGCAUCCUCUCCUGUAGCUCAGCUUUUCGCCAGUGGUGCAAUCCCCUGCCAGAAUUUUGUGCUUUCCAGCUUUCCAAAGUUCUACCAGCUUAUCUCCUCUGUUCUGCUCCCCAGUUGCUGUCGAAGUAUACUGUUCCCCAGUUGUCCCGUCUUCCUUCUGUUGAGCUGUUCCCUCCAGUUAGCCAAUAUUUUUUGACAGUUGUACUGAUUUUGUCAGGGAUAGAGUUAAUUUGGAUUGUGACUAGAACACUGUGGUAACAGGCAUGUUUUAGCUGCUGCUGAGCGGUGAUUGCAAAGCAUCGAGGCCUGUUCUGUUUCUCAUCCUGCCCCAUCAGCACAAGAAGUUUACCAGAAGUUGGGAGGUGGCACAGCUGGGACAGCUGACCCUAGAUGACCAGAGGGAUAUCCCAUGCUGUAUGACAUUGUGCUUGGCAGUAAAAGCUGGGGAGGAAGGAGGGACAUUGGGAGUUAUUGUCUUACCAGGUAACCACUAUGUGUGGUGGAACCCUGCUUUUCUGGAGAAUUUGCUAAAUAUCUGCCUGCUGAUGGGAAGUAAUGAAUGAAGUCCUUAUUUUGUCUUGCAUGUGUACACAGCUUUUGUUUUCCCUAUUAAAGAGUCUUAGUCUAGAAGUUUUCUCACUUCUACCUUUCUCUCAUCCGUCCCACUGGGGGAGAGUGAGCGAGUGGCUGGGUGGGGCUGAGCCACACAAUAGUGUAUGUUAGGCUCAAAACAUGACAUUAUGCAUGUCAUUAGCUAGAGUUUAGUACUGCUAAUUAUUUGUAUCAACUAUUGCACCUGGAAGCUACAUGAAAUCUUGGCAAAUAUGCCCAGUGUGUAUUUGUAGGAGAGCAGAGCAUCUGCACUAACAUUCUCUUUGGGAAGCAUGGAAAUGAGAGCAUGGCAAGUAAGCUGGAGAGGAAUGCAAAAUCAACUUUUUGGGGGCUAAAGAAUUAUGCACAGCACACAAAGCUGAUUUUUCUAGGAGCAAGCAGGAAGAAACAGAUGAUAACUGAGAAGAUGAUGGCAGAAGAUAUCAAGGAGCCUUGGAGAAGACUAGAGAGGAGAAGAUGGUACAGGUAACGUGCAGUGUGGAUGGCUUAAAGGACAUAACAUGCUCUAAGAUAAUCAGGAUCAUGUCAUUUAAAGGGGGAAAGUGUCCAAUUCCCCAUCUGCCAGUUUGUAACCAAAGGUGUAGACUGAGUACAUCAUGCUGCUUGAUUUUCACUCCAGUCCACUAACACUGGUUACCUCAGUUUGGUCUUGCAAUAGCUUUUUCAUGGACAACAAAGGUUUUUUUGGUUGGAUGGUAUUUUUGUAGUUGGGGUAUUUGGGGUUUUUUGUCGGAUUUCGUGGAGAAUUAAAAACAGUAAAACCAAAGCUGAUGAUCAGCACAUGGAGAGCAAAGGGACUUCCUGUCACACACCAGCAACAGUAUCAGCCGUACUCUAUGCUACUGCAAUGAUGGUUUGUGCUGGAUUGACCUUGGCUGGAUUCCAGGUGUCACCAAAGCCACUCUAUCAGUUCCCUCCUCAGCAGGACAGGGGAGAGAAAAUGUAACAACUCACUCUUGGAUUGAGAUAAGGACAGGAAGAGAUUCUCCAUCAAUUAACAUCAUGGGCAAAUCAGGCUUAACUUGGAUAAAUUAGCUUAAUUUAUUGCCAAUAAAAUCAGAGCACAGUAAUGAGAAAUAAACCAUUCUUAAAACACCUUCCCCCUACUCCACCCUUCUUUCUGGGCUCAACUUCACUGGUGAUUUUCUUUACCGCCUGAACAGUGGAGGGGGAUGGGGAGUGGGACCUGCGGUCAGUUCAUCACACAUUGUCUCUGCCACUGUUCCUUCCUCAGUCGUCUUUCUGUGCUCCAGUGUGGGGUCCUUCCCAGGAGAGACAGUCCUCCAUGAACUUCUCCAACAUGAGCCCUUCCCAUGAGCUGAAGUACUUCACGAACUGCUCCAGUGUGAGUCCUAUCCACAGGGUGCAGUCCUGCAGGAACAGACUGCUCCAGUGUUGGUCCUCCACAGGGUCACAAGUCCUGCCAGCAAACCAACUCCAGGCUGAGCUACUUUCUCCAUGAGUGCACUGCUCCUGCCAGAAACUUAGUCCAGCAUGGGCUUCCCACAGGAUCACGGCGUCCUUUGGGCACAUCCACCUGCUCUGGUGUGGGAUCCUCCAUAGGCUGCAGGUGGAUAUCUGCUCCACCAUGGACCUCCAUGGGGUCAGGGGGGAUAACCUGCCUCACCAUGGUCUUUACUAUGGGCUGCAAAGGAAUCUCUGCUUGGGUGCCUGGAGCACCUUUUCCCCCUCCUUCCUCACUGACCUUGGUAUCUGCAGAGUUGCUUCUCUCACAUGUUCUUACUCCUAUCCCCAGCUGAAGUUUUCUCUUGUAGUUUUUCCUCCUUUUCUUAAAUAUGCUAUCACACAGGUGCGACCACAGUUGCUGAUGUGGCCCUGGCCAGCAGCACACUUCCUCUUGGAGCCAGCUGGCACUAGUUUUAUCGGACAUGGGGGAAGCUUCUGGCAUCUGCUCACAAAAGCCACCCCUGUAUCCCCCCACUAACAAAACAUUGGCACACAACAGUAUGUGUUUGAAAGAUCUACUAAUGUGAAAAGCCACAGAUGUUAUACUUUUGUAGGAGUCCUACUGGCUAAGGAAUCUGGAUCUACUUUGUGUCUGCUUCUAAGCCCAGUUGUGCUGUUCAUGAAGGAUUUUUUUGGUGAGAAAUUCUGUAGUAUUUAAAAUACACUUUGCUAUAUAAAAUGUACUGGUUUGAUGCCAGUAUAAUUAAAGUGGUACAGCCUCCAGUGUGUGUGCAGUGCCUCAGGCACCAGUAUGUCAGAAAUAAGUACACUUGUAAGAAAAUAUUCAGUAAGUUACAUUGGGAGAAUCCCCUAUAUUUCAGUUUGAAGAGGUUUAAGGUAAGACUGUCCCCCGUGAAAUGUUUCAGUUAAAAAAUUAUAUAACUCUAAAAAAGAAGGUUCCUUGGAUAUAAGAGCUGAACAUAGCUUCUAGGUAAGGCCUGGAUUAUCUUUCUGUAAUUCAGUAAAACGGAGGUAGUGAUCUACCCCCGGAACUGCAGGGACUUGCAACACAAUAGUGUGUUUCCCUGGCCUUGUGGUUUUUGACAGAGCAAUUACGCAUGGCUUUUCAUAGGCUCUCAAAAGCAUUUUCUGCUUGGAAACACUAUUCAAGGCCACCAAAGCGAUGGUUAACAACAGGAGAGCCCAAACCACUGUAUGUAGUGCCUCCAUGGAGCUCUGAUGUGCUCUAACAUGCACCUGCAUCUCCUGAAACUUCUGCAGCUCUCUUCCUGGCCUCUGCCCAUUAGCCACAACAUGAAGAAAAUGACAUUUUGAAAACACAAGUUUAUUUGCACCUUUAGUGCAAUGCCAGGAGGCCUCUAAUAUUGUCUGUGCUAUUUGGUUUCCUUCUCCAUGGCUUUCUUGGCAUGGUAAGCUGUCCUUACCUACUCACAGAUUCUCAUAGUUCUGUGGUUUACACACUGCAUUUCCUCUGUAAUUUGUGUUCAGCUGUGCAGACAUCCAGGUGUUGCUUUGAUUAGCAUUACACAGCCUAAAGGACAGCAGACAAUACUGAAACAGACUGCUGGCUUUUGAUAUGAGAGAGAGGCAAUAGGAUGUUUAUCAGUUGUCCACUAGGGGCCAUGAGGCAGUAAAAACCAGUAAUGGUUGUAGCAACAUAAAAAAUACAAGCUGAAAGCAAUAUUGACUCCACUUUUUCUCACCCCCAAAGGCACGCAUGAGCUCCAUGCAUGGACUGGAAAAAGACAGUGUAUAAUAAUACAGAAACAAACAUUUAGGAAGGAUUAGAACUGAUGCUGGCUGAGUCCUUCCCUUUCUAAAAUGAGAAGAUUUCCAUAUAUCUGUGGAAGUGCUUGAGGAGGUAUUUUAGGAUACAAGGAGCUUCUUUAUUGACAGCGUGUCACUGAAAGCACUGAGAGCUGCAAAAUUCUUAACAUUGGGAAAGGUUCACCUGCUUUAAGUCAGUCCCUUAAAGAGGACUUGGGUAAUUGCACGGCUCUGACAGUUGUGAAUUUGCACUAAAUUAUUGUUGAUGUAUUUUGUCAGAUGUGGCUUGGAGGUGUGAACAGCUAAACCUAGAGGAGACCUUGUUUCCAAACCAAAGUAGCAGAAAGGAAACCUCACUGACUCCUCUGCCCUGAAUAAAUGAGUGCUAAACAACAUUGCUGGAGACUUCCAUGGCGGUGAAAGUCAUUCUGGCCAUCCUAGCAGUCACCUAGCACUCUAAAUGCCUCUGCAGUCAUUUAGCUGGACUUUUAUGGAUUUUUAUGGCAUGUUUCCUUUCUUCUGUCCUUGGCAGAGAGAAGAAAUGAAAAUUCACCUUGUAGAAAUUGUGCCUUCUGAAUCACUUGGCCUAUGUUCACAUUUGUACCUCCCCAUGCCACUGCUGAAAUCUGCUGGCAUCCACCGAAGCUCACCCAGUCUUCACAUGUCAUACCUAUUCCAACCACAAUUUAGAUUUACAUUACAUACAAAAGACUAUUCUGUAAAGUACAUUAGAUCUCAAUGGCUGGAAACAUCCUCCUAAGGUUAAGGCCUUCCCUACACUAGGGAGAUUUUGGUAGCUGUUCCAAUUACAGCACUGAAGACGAAUAUUUAAGAAUUUAAGGUGAAGAACGUUAAAUAUAUGAAGUCCUUUAGGGUGGGAUUGCAGAGGAAUGAAGCCAAUCCACAGCUCUGUGUCCCUUAUUCCUAAAAUCAAGCACAAGCUAAAAAAAAGAAAACCCUACGCUUAGUUUGUUUUAGUUGCCCUUUAGCCAUCCAACCUGAGGACUGAAAACUCCAACUUGUCAUCAAGUCAAAUCUGGAGGCUGCCUACAAUUUCAUUCCAGGCACAGAUGGCACGCUUCCACCCCUCCAUCUCUGCCUGCAUUGCUUGAGAGUUACACAUUCCUUUGGGUCCAGGGUCUCAUCUUACAGUCACUCCCUAGCACCGUUCCCAUGUACCAGGUCAAUUUAGUUAAUGUAAGUAGUUGGUUCUAGCAACUGUAAUGUCAGUGACUGUAAAUGUCAGUUAGCUUUUUGGCACAGGGUUCUUUACCUCCUUCAGUACCAUCCCGAGUGGAUGGGUUUUUUCUCCUUACACCAGAAACCCUUCUAAACCCAUGGAAAUCUCACAGUAGUGUGGCUGUGCAAGCUGACGAAUCUCUAGGUCAUGGAGCAGCCGCACAGUGUGAAGGAGAGACCAGUCCAAGCUCAAAACCCAUUAAGCAAUGGGAGAAACACUUGCUGGGAGCUAGAACAUACUGGUGAGGGAACACUUCCCCCUCACUGCAAGUUGUGUCUCUGUCUCCCUGAAGUAGCAGCAGAAAGAAUACCUGUGAAAACACAUGGGAAAAGUAGAGAAACAUGACCUAAGCUAAACAAUG